AAGUUGAGUGUCAGUAGUCUAACUUCUCUCAGGUAGUACAAGCGUUAGACCAAAAUGGAGCUUCCUCAAAUUCCGUCAAUUCCUGCAAUGAUGGGGACUGAUUCUAAACCACCAUCAGUGGGCCUACCAAGCCAUUCGUCACAUAAUCAACAAGGGCCAGGGGUUCCAAAUAUACAACAUGUUCUUCACACUAUGCCACAAUUUCUACAACAGACUCACCAAACACAGGAACAUGAAGUGACUCCUGAUUAUUUACAACAACUUUUGAAAGACAAGAAACUUUUGCAGGAUUUGCAACCGAAUCUUACGCAGCCUUUUACUCACAUGGACAGACUUCUUGAAGACGAAAUAUUCAGAGUGCGGUUACGAUUAUUUCACAUAUGUCUUGCUAAUAUGGUGGAGGCAGUCGACCUACCAGAGCCCGCCGGUCCAGUGUGCACAUUAUCAGACAAAGUUUAUAUCCCAGUAAAGGAAUUCCCAGAUUUCAAUUUUGUAGGAAGAUUGUUGGGACCCAGAGGAACUACCGCCAAAUUUUUAGAACAUGUUUUAAAUGCAAAAAUUAUGGUCAGAGGACGAGGCUCAAUGAGGGACAAGCGAUUGGAGGAACAGUACAGGGGAAAGACACACUGGGAGCAUCUCCAGGAUGAUCUACACGUCUUGCUCACCGUCGAGGACACUCACAACCGGUCAGAAAUCUUGCUCAGGAGAGCCGCCAAAGCUAUUAGGAAGUUCUUAGAAGUCAUCCCCGACGGUGAAGACCCGUGGAAGAAGAUGCAGUUGAUGGAGCUCGCCAUUAACAAUGGUACGUUACGUGCCGCUAAUAAACUACAAGCAGCAUGUGCGACCACAGCCAAUUCAUCAUCAGGUGUUCCACUGCACCUCCCCGGUAUGCCUGGCAUGCUUCCCUUACACCUUCUGACAGACAUGAUGUCACAGGGAAUGAAUAAACCCACAAAUGGCCAGGACGAACAGACGAACCAACUCCGGGGAUCGCCUCAUGGAAACCACAGAUCUGAUGCCCCGAGGGUCUUCCCCCCUCAGCUUGCCGUCCCACAGAUGCGAUCUCCGCCAACACCCGCUGGUGCUCCCGUAUUCUUUGCUCAACCCCCUACUCGUCUUCCAACGGGCGUACCGACGACAGGUGCCGGUCUCCUGAACCACCACGCGCCGACCGCCAUGAUGUCGCCAACAGAAGCAGCGAUGAUCUACCCGUACACACCAGAGUACCACCAAUACGCACACGCUUUAACGGCAGCAGCGCCGACGGCUCUUUACGACUUUCACGGAGCUGCUGUUGACCAAUCUGCAGCAGAAGCUGCCUUUUAUUCGCGAGAGAUGGGACAUUUUCAUGGACAGAGCAUAUUAAAUAGUGCUCACGCGGCGAAGGUUAGAAAACAAGUGUUGGGAGUAAGAGAGCAUCCUUAUCAAAGGGUGACCCUCCCAUAGAUUACAACACAGUAACCCAGCUGGCCACUAACAAUCCCCAGUCACAUCCCUUGGUGCAUACGUUUUUGGACUGCACAUGACAUGCAACACCCGAUUCUCUGGAGGAGCGUACGUGGUUUAACUAACUGGUGAUUGUGAUAGUGGAGCGUUCUUGUACAUAACAUGUGGACUCGAGAGAUGUCAAACCGAUGCCAGGAACGGACAGUUAAGUGCCGGUGCCUCUUCGUCUCUACAUGCACUCAUGCAUACAACCGUAUAGCAUAAUAAGUCCUUGGCCUCACGGCGAUGUGGAGCUGAACUCCGGAUACCCGGUUUGGAGAAAGAUCGGGGGUCCAUACGUCGCUGCCGAUGAAGGUCUUUAACCCGUCACUGCUGAUCACCUUAAGUGGUGUUAUGCAAUAUUUUUUAUGUUUUUGUAAUUAUAAAAAAGAUCUGAAUUUGUUACCUAUAUACAUGACAUAUUUAGUAGUCGAACAGCCAUACCAGUUUUUGUGUGGGUAGACGUGGAUCUGGGGGCAAUAAAUGUCUUUAGUAUUAUGCCAAAUAAUGAUAUACCCCGCCGAGUAAUUUCUAUGGAAGGUACUGUAAGGUUUGUGCUUUUGUACUUAAUGUAUUUUUGUGUAUAUAUAGGUUUAGUAGUAAUACGAUAUUUGUGUUAUUCUGUGCGUGUGAGAUUUGAUAGAGUAAUUCGGCAGAGGAUGUCUUGGAUAAUAACUAUGCUUUGAAAAUUGCUUUGUAUCUUCAGUAUGUUGUGGCAUCAACAAACUAGUAAUUAUCAUUGCGUAUAAUUCACUCACUUCUUAUCGAUUAGAAUAAUCAUUGAGUCGUCGUGUUAACGAGUGACAUUUCCUUUAACGUGUCUGGCGUUGCAACAAGGCGCCUCGCUCAAAUUGCAUCUGGCACUACAGGUUGACGGCAGCCUCCAUGUAAGAAACGAUGUGCAUGCUAGUUUAAUAAGACAGAGCUCCUCUGCCCUUUAGAAUUUUUUUAGCUCAGCUUGUCACUCAAAAAUUAAAUUAUUUGCUUGUGUGUCCAUACUAUCUAAGGUAAAUCUACAAGUACAGCCAAUUUGCUUUAAGCAUGUCACUUAAGUGGUAUAAGGGCAUUCAAUUCUCAGUCACAAUGAUCAAUUUUACGAUUCUGAAUUCCCCCAAGGAGAAACACUAUCUCAGUUAGGAGGCGGGCACAAUUAUUGUUAGCCUCAUCUCUACUUGACUGGGUGUCUAUUGUUACCUUUCCCUAAUGAUAUUAUUGGUUUCUAUGGCGACUUGUUACUAUGAAGUCCAGUUAUGGAAUCAACCACCUUUUACUUCCAAUGAAAAGAGCAAAUGUCAAAUUGACUUGAUCUUGUUAUAGUUUUUAAAGGGAUUAUGCUAUCUUUGUUUAUUAUUGUUAAAGGGACUAUGAUAGUCCUCCUUCUGCUCUGCCUUUCUGUACAGACCUGACAAUACUCUGUGUAUAGUUUUAGUUUAAUUGGUCUCAAAUACAACGACUUAGUCACAUGCUAGUGUCUGUGUUGGUCACAUGAUAAGAUGGCUCAGAAUUGAUAAAACCGCACAAAACUUCCAAAAAAUAAUGGCAAAAGAUGGAAAAUUUGAGAAAUUGCCAAAAUGCUUCCAUAAAAGCCAAUAUCGUUUUAUCAUUAUUUUUUAUUUUAAAGAGUAGAAAGUUUGAAUACUUGGACAUAAUUAUCAGAUAUCAUAGACUUCUCUCUGAUCGAAGUUGAAGCAGAGGUCUACUGGUCUAACAAAGUGAAAUAUCAUUGAUUGACUAAUGAGGUUCAGGUUGAUAUGCUUGACCUAAUCUACUAUAGAGAGAUUCAGAGAUGGUUCCAACAAUGACACUGACAUCAGAAUUGCUCAAACAGAAACAAAUCUGGUAUCGCACAAAAUCUGUGCUCUUGUGAUGUAAUGAUGCCACACUUGAGGUGGACGUUAAUUCGACCUUUGGCCAAAAGUGGCAUUUUAGUUGGAGUAUCCUGAUGUCUAGUUGUCAUAUUUGGCACUUUCUGAACCUCUCUAUUUUACUUAUCCCACCUAACUGAAGGGUCGUUUUUUGGGCUUCAAUAAUACAGUCAUCUGAUGACUAUUUAGUUUGCUAUUGGGGUCAAAUAUUAAGAACAGUUUUGGCUGUUUUUCAUCAGCCUUGCAUUCUUCAGUCUGACAAAUCACAUGGAGCAAAGAUCAAAUGUUUACAAUUACAUGUAGGAUUGACAUAUCAGUUUGAAAAAAAGUUUAAGUGUACAUAUCUAUAAUUUCGUCCAAUCGUUUUAUCCGAGAACAAACUUCAAAUUUUUCGAAAGAACAUAUUCAAAUGUCUGAAACACAUAUCGUUUAUAGAGACAUUAAAGCUGAUGGGUCAUACAUAUCCCAAGUUACUGCUUACGUGUUAGAGCUUGGAAAGUAUGGACAGGUAUGGACAGGUACUGUAAAAUUUUAAAUGUUAGCUUGAAAUCUUUAUUUGUUAUCAGUAAUUAAUCAUAAUCAUAUCAAAAAUUUAUUCGCUCUUUUCGUCCUGGAGAUGAAGUUCAUCUUUCUGACUUUAAAUUUCAUAUCAAAAGAAUAUUGUGGUUAUUUUUGCUCAAAAAUCCAUCUUUUAACUGGAAUUGUCAACUAUUUAUUUUGAACUGACGUGAUGAGGGAUCACACAGUGUACUUAAAUGAUCAUUCUCAAGGGGGUGGGCGAAUGUCCCCAGGACAGAAAAACAAUUGAUAAAGAUAUUAUAAACCAGGGGUGAGAGAAGGAGCGCUCACAGGAGAUUGAUCCCAAAAUGCAAAUGGCAACUUCCCCACAAAAAUAUGUCAGUCUGGUCUAACCAGUUGUGAUAGUAGUUGGUAGUCCUGCUUGGUAAUGACGAACUGGAGCCGUUGACAAGAAGGCGUGGGAUCAUAUAACGGUCGAUGAUUUGGACCUCGGGCGCUAAUGUACAUGUCGCUUGGUGUGCCUGUAUUGUUGGAACGACUUCUGUGUUGAGCUUGUUGGCUUCAUCUGUUGAAGGACACAGUAAAGUAACAAACACCCCCUGUAUACAGUCUGGCUGAAUAUAACUUACUGCUUACUAAAUCUCUUGCAACAUGUUGGAAUAUUGAACUUUCAACUGCUUGAGAAAAUUCUGCUUUUGUUUGGAACUGCUUCAGAAUUAUAAAGAAUUCCCUUAGAUUUUUGUCACGAGGAAAGGUGUUGAAUUAUAAACCUUAAUUUGUCAUCUAACUAUUCUAGAAACCUGACGUCUGCUCUCACAUAUCUUGAGGCAGACGACACCUUGCAAGAUGUGCAUUGGUAUAUUAUCUUUCAAUUAGGUGAAUCUUGCAUGUUAAAUCUUAAGGAUAACAUGACAUGAAAUUGAUAUUUUCAAAUUGUGUUGGAAUUGGAUCUCCUGAGAAAUAACCCCUCAGCCUGUCUGAUUAAAUACGUGACUCGAAUUUUAAAGGGCUAAGGGGUCAAAUUGGUUGGCUUCAGGUGAUUAAUAUGUGUGUAAUGGGACUUGGUCAUGUACCAAUUCAGUUGCUCUUUUGAUACCAAGAAUCUCCAACUCCGACAUUACUUAAUUCAGAAAUGCAUAAUACAACAGUUUUCCCCCCAAAAUCAGAUCUUCUGAUUCAAUACUGUCAGGCGAAAUAUGUCGGUUUAUCCAACGCAUACAAAGUUCGUUCCAACAAUCAGCCACCGUUGCGGAUUGCUAACUACAUUGGUGCUGAUUUAGCCUGGGGUCCAGGAUUGUCGAUCGUUAUGCGGGGAGCUUGGUGUACCCUACCCUCGGUGGCUCAGGUGUCGAUAAUGUGUCGUAGAUGGUCCUUAUAAUGGUAUUGUCCGCACCUAUAAGUGUGACAUUAAACCGAAGUAUUAAUAUAGAAUUUUGUAAAAUGCUACAUUUUGUGUACAGGUGAAUAUUAUUCAAAUGUUGCGUCUUGGAGGAUUGAAAUCUCAUCUGACCGUAUUUGUCAUAUGGGUAAUAAGGGUUUGACCCGAGGGGUUGGGUUCCGCGUGAAAACUGGUAUGGCUGUGUGUUAUAAUGUAUAAUGUUAUUACAGUGGUUUCUAUGUUUGGGAGACUAUGAAACUGUUAAUACAGUAUUUUUUCAUGACAAUUUUUUGUACUCAGUAGCGUCUACUUAAUAACUAUUCGUGCGAACAAAAGAAAUUCGGAACCGUUGACGAUUUGCUAUGCUACUGUCUUCUGAAUUGUGUAUUUUAACUUACAGUCUUCCAAUAUUGAAAUGAUAUGUGGCAAGCGCCAGAGCCUGGUGCCGCCGGAAUUCUUCUCAAAAACGUGUAUUGAGAACUUGUAAAACUUUUGUAUACGAACCAUACUGUUUCCUUUUGACCUAGACUUUAUGUAGAACCAUAUACACAGCAUAUUAUCACUACGCUUAGUUAGUUUACUAGUUGAUCUGCGGCAAGUGUUUUAGAACAUUUCGGCUGAAUCUGGAUUGUUGACGAAUUUGAUGUUUAUCUCUUCUUAGUCGGUAGAACAUUUGCCGACUCUCCUUGACUUUUCUUGCAUAAUAAUUGUAGUCUAAACAUAAUAUAAUCAAACCAAGUGCCUUUUAACUGCAUGUACAACUUGUCGGUCUCUUAACCAAUAUGCAAUGUGACACAUUGAGGAUAUUUUUGUAUCGUUUUCUAGUAGAGUGUCAUAUUUUCCUACGAAUGCGUCGCUGACAAAUCGCCCGAUAAUCAAGCAUAUUGCAGCUGACUAACCCUCGAAUGUUCACCCCAAUCAAGAUUUACGGAAACCAAUCGCGUCUUACUCUAAUCUCCCUGUGUCAGUCGACGCCAGCAUAUAAGCAGCUUCUCCAGUUGGCCAAUGAGAAGCCCGCAUUCUCGAAGGUCGGUGCAGAAACUGUGUUGACAAUGGUACCUGGAGUAUGAGUAAGGCUGUACAUGAACUCUUGGAAGGGUCGUUUAAGGACGGGAAGUGGAAAAUAUUUGAGAAAAUCGACUGUUCUCAAAAUCAGUGAAACCCAUUGUAAUCCAUUACCAAGGGGUUAAUAAACCAGUUUCACAAUUUUGAAAUUUUUUUCAAUUUUCCACUGAAGUCAAGUUUUCUCCCUCCUGUGCUAAAACAGCCUGUCCUCUCAGUCUGAUCCCACCGUUCUGGUAAAUCUUGGUUGUUUUGAACUCUACUAAAGAUUGAAGCGCUGCCGGCUGGUUUUCUUCCCGUGUGUGCUCGACCAGCCAGGACUAAUUAACAACAAGCCUAAUUAAUCCCAACGAUGCUCUGCAAUUAACCAAUCAAGGACUGUCGACGAAAUUGACAAAAAAUUUAAUUUCAAAUUUUAAUUAAAUUUUUUCGAAAAAAAAAUUUUUUGUUUUGAAUCCAUUUGUUCUUUUUUCAGUCUUUUGAAAUAUUGCCUGAUUUUUUGGCUUCAGUUAUUUCACCAUUUUCUAUAUGGAUUCAAUUCUGUUCUCUAUAGAUCUCAAAUUCUCUCAACCAGUUGAAUUUGGAUUUUGAAAAGUCGAUUGUUUCUCAGUCCUCGAUUGGUACAUCAUUCUAAUAACGCCAAAGUAUUUGUUAGAGCGAGUUGUUGAAGUAACCAUCAUCUGUUCAAAACCGAUAUAUAACUUUUGUAUAUUGACAACUUGGUUUUCAAUAAAAUGUUACGUUUAGAGAAGCUUCUAAGUCCUCAUGUUACUAACCGAAUCACUCACCUGCGCCUCAUGUUGACCAGAAUUCACUCACUAGAAAACUAACUCACGGUCGGCAAGCAUACCAAGCUAUAUUACCGAAUCUGACAAUCUCUAGCAUGCUCCAGGUGCAUUGAAGGCAUUGAAAGUGGUUCUGUAGUAUAGCUUUGUAUGUUUGGACAAACAUACAAUGCUAUACUACGAUUCUUAGUCCAACAGACUUGGCCAAAAACAAGAUGUUGGAAGUGACAUAUUUCACCAUGAAUUCUGAAAUGGAAUGUUGUAGAAUUGUCCUGCUCCGUAAUAUAGCUCGGUACGCUUUCCAACCGUGCUGCUAACUGCCGUCGGGUAUCAUCAUUGCUUGCUCCCUCUAAUAACUGAUUUGUGAACUAAUUACUAAUUACGUUAGGUUCAUCGAGGUCGUGCAAAGGAUGAGGUCCAAAAAUGGAUGGAUGAUAUCUAUAGAAAAUCAUCAGGGGUGUGUGAAUUUCCACUGAAUGAGAAUGAGAUGAAAACACUAGGCUGGAGUUUGUGCACCGGAGAGCAACAGAAGCUCUGGUGAUAAAUCCAGUAAAAUCCCAACCAAAAUAGCUUGUCUACUCGUUUUUCACGUUCCCUAAGACGUCUGAAUUUCUCAUUUAAGAUUUUAUCAAGAUUUCCCAUUAACUCGUUUUCCUGCUUCACUGUGGGAGACUCCGUACGUCAUUCAAGACCAAACAAUGGUUAUUCAAAAGACGUUCAAAUCGAUGUGUUAUGGUGAAUGAACACAUUACUCGAGUAGUCAUGUAUUUCCGGUUUCCACUUCCUUUAUCGAAAGUCCAUUACAGAGUUACAUAUGCGUAUAGCAGUGUUUUGGAAAUAUGAUGCAAUUCUGUCACGAUUUCAAAAGCCAUGGAAAUUGCACUGUUGUAAUGAGAUAUCAAAUUGGUCAAAAUUAACAUAACAAGAUCUCUGAUUGGUCAGGUCGACAAAUUGAACUGAACCAAUCAGAAUUCGCUUUACAAAAUGACUUAUAAUUCAACUCAAAAUGUCACCUUAUCCACACACUCCCUGAUCGUUUUUUGGCCCAAAUUUUUAUUUUAAACGACCGACAUCGUAUGUCGUGAGCAUCCCAUGAUGAUACCCCAUGUGCCUGUAAAUUGCAAAUUAACAUGCAAUACCUUAGAUAAUACCUCUGGAAUGCAUAUGAAUAAUCACGACACAUGCUACAUGCAAUACUAAUACUUAUUCAGCACUGGCGACGAGGUUUGACACAGGUUUUCCAUAUCCAGGUGAAGCCGGUGGAAUAAGCUGGUACACGGGCGACUUUACGUGGCACACGUGCGACUAACCAGAGCUGUUGUCCCAGCUGAAGAACGUCUUCGUUUCUGAUUGUCGAAAGAGCUACCCGACUUCUUUGGCAAUUGAGAGAUCAGCUGUUGCAAUAGCUUACUGUUACUUUCUUUAGUCGCCUGUGUGCCCACUGUUAGCCGUAGGGCUCGGCAGGCUUGUGGGAAAGCCAAUCUUAUUUUUAGUGGCAGAUAUUUUUAUAAAUAACAAAUUGAAUUUCAACAGUUGCGAUUCUGAUUUUCGGAUCGCUGCCAGAGUUGAAUACGAUAAAUUUGAAACUCUGGAGUCGUUUUAUUAGUUUAUUGAAAAAACAUCCCACCGAGUUUGUUUGAGAUCUGAUGCUGCAUCCAAAUGAACUUUGGUUUUAUCAACAUUUUAUUUGGGUGCUGCUGCAGCAAAUCAAAAGAUCUCAUUAGUGGCAAUAGUUUUAAUUCUCGCUGCGGCAUCGGCAUCAAUGUCUGUGGAAAUUGAAUUCUCGUCUGGCGGUAUCAUCUGUUGCUAAGUAUAGGACCCAGAAAUUGACUAUACGAUCUUGGAAGUCCCCAGGAACUUCAUCAAUGCGCUUCACUCGAUAUGGAAAACCUUUGCAAGUCAAACUAAAGCCGCCGUUGCUUGAUAAUGAAUAACUCUGGUCAGCAUGUGCAGGCAGUGUAUAUAUUCCCUGAGCCCCAUCUGGUGGUGACAUUUUUCACCACCUUCCCCCUCCAGGUUUGCUGUCUUCGUUCCAUUCCAGCGUGACUGAUAUUCGAACAGCUUAGAUGUUUUCAGUGUGCUUUUGAAAUCUGAACUGCCGUGGCUACCCAAAAAAUUGAAAAAAACCAUGCAAAUCAGUGUCGUGAAUCAAACUGAUGAAAAACUACGUUGAACCUUUUUUAAGCCUGGUGGUUUCGAAGAGUUUUGUAUUCAAAAACACGAGUUCGAGUCGUUGAGGAGUUAGAAGCUGUUCAAUAUUUGGUCUCCUGGACAGGAGAUGAAGAUUGAUAUGAAAUGUGUCUUGGUAUGGCCAUGUUUUGUGUAGACAUUUGACAAUUAGCAGUAUCAGUCUCGUAAUAUCUUGAACUAUCCGUGGGUCACAUUCGAUCCCCCGUUCUUGAUAUUACGGACAUCGACAGUAACACGAAGUAUGCAUGUGACUUUCACAUGUACUCUGUUUCGACACAUCACUCAUGUCUACAUAAAACCAUGAUGGCAAAUCCCCUGAUUUCUUGAAUACUAAGGUCAAUUAUCAAGAGUUUCAAGUCCAUUUGACAGGAUCAAUGACUUGGUCUUCUCAGGAGAAGAGGGUUUGAUUUUGUCCCAACACUUGGUUGUUUGCAUAUUGAUUACAUCCAGGUUCAUGUAGACGGUUGUUGGUCCUGUCAAAAUUGAUGAUCUCUUCUUUACAAUUGACGGCAGUAUUCCUCCCCUCAAGGAUUGUAUCUUUGGAAUGAAACUCACAUGCACAUGGCAAGGAAGGAGUGUCGCCCCAUAACAGCGCUAAAUCAGUGAUCGUUUACGUUACCUCAUUGUCUCUGGUUUACGGAAUACAUUUUCAAUUAUUUGUAAAAAGAUCAUUUUCAUCGAAGAUUUUGAAGACUACAGCUUAAAGUUGAUACAUUGAAAAUGCUCAGAGGCUCUUGUUUCUUUGGUCUUAAUAGACAGACCCUGGGAACGUGGUUCUGGAACCAAACAAAUGAAACAAAUGUCUUAAUUAGAAAUUCGAUAUUGUUUAUUUGCCCUAUUAUUCGGUACUCGGCUUACGGACAUUGUCAACUCCAAAUACUGGGACAACCACUGAAAACAUGCUCGAUGGAAAAACAAAUCAAAACGUGACGUGACCAGUUCAUCAGUUUUGAUCUAUCGGCUAACAAUGAAUGGACAGUUACCGAGUGUUGAUUGAUCAAUAUUGCAUUAAGGCAAGAAACUGUUUAGUAGUCAUUGAUGAAAGUUUGUGUGGUCCUUUCAGACGUCCGGGCAUAAUCGAUCAUUGUCGCGCUUGCUGCAAUUUGUCGAUUUCUCCGGUGCUGUUGAUGAGACUGAAGAUGUGACUUGCUCUUGCAAACGAGGCUAGUUACAGACGAUUUGUCGCUGAUCAAAGUUGUAUUUCUUAUUACCGUAAUGGAAAUUGUCAGAACUACUAAUUGACGAAAUGGCAUGAUUUCUUUGUUUAUUGAUUUGACGACAUUUUGCUCGAUUUCUUGUUUGAUGAAAGGAACGAGAGCCAUAAAUGAAUAAGCAAUUGAAAUGUACUGCUGUUAAACCAGAGACAAUGAGACCCAACGCUUUCCUUCAAUGCUUUGAGUGCAGUGCACACGGGCGACUUAGUCGAGAAAAUUCAUCAGAGCGACACAUUUCCUUUGUGUCACUAAAAUUGACAUGACACGCCCAUUGACAAAUCAAUAAGGUUGUUCUGAUGCUGCGACUGUCGCUCGCGAUUUAAGUUGCCCGUGUGCAUCGCACGCUUGACGACAACAAUACUAACUGGAUACUCACAAUGGACUUGCAAGAAGAGUUGAGGAAUGCCGGCAAGAGAAGUACAGCUAAGAGGAGAGGACAUCAGAAAAAAAUGGCCCAAAAUUGAAAAGUAUGACAUCACGGUAGACCGUGUUUGCUCUGUUUGAUGUCUGGCUUAUCAAUACUCGGGAUAUUUUCAGUCGUUGAAAUGCCUUUGUUUCAGUUUCAUUUCAACACCUCCGUAUUCAAGAUCACAAGUAAGUUGACUUUCUCCAGAUAGAAAUUAGUAUGGUCUUGUUAGAUCACUGAGCAUGACUUUGAACAUUGCCGAUCAACCAAUGCUGGUGAUCAUUGCCGAUCGACUAAUACUGAUGCCGAUUCCUAAUUAAUCGGACAUUACACGGCAAUAUGAGAAAGGUGUGUCCUUGCUAUCGAAUUGUGUAUCGACCAAUAUCGUAAACUGCUGUGUGAACUUUCAUCAGAACUAUCUCGGAAAAGGAAAGAUGACUGGGUAGGUGGUUGAAGACAUACUUUAUUUAGAACUCUUCGGACGUGCUUUCAUCCGUCUGGCAGAGUGGAGGGCUACUGAGGUUGAGAGGUUGAACCUGACGCUUUGCUUUGCUGUUCAAUAUAUUGCUCUUGAUAUCCAGUCCUGUAACUCAGUUUGUCUUAAAAGAUAUUGACCCUUUCCUCUGGUUGGAUUACUCUUGGUCUCUGCUCAAAAGAUUCGAAUCUGUUGGUGAUAAUUUGGUUACAGAUUUGAGAAUGAUUUUGAAACGCAUCCAUGAUUAAUAGCAAGUUCAAAAUUUAAACAAGGCCACUGGAUCUUUAAAGAAACCCAAGAUUCGUACAGUAUCUGACAUCCUCCGAUUCAUAUUUCCUGCCUCCCAAUUUGAUACUCAACUAGGCAGUAUCAUCCACCUGAGAAGACCCAAUUCACCUAUGAUACUAUAAAAGGUUAUGCACACAACUUGUUGUCCUUCCCAGGUGAGGCUCUUUGGAUCAAUACCUCUUACAUUCUUACCAUAACACCUCCCAUCACUCUUAUUCAGUUCACCGCAUGGUUCUAUGACAAUUUAUCCAAAAUCGUUGGUAUGACUACAGAUAUAGUAAACAUACCCACAAUUAUCAAGCCCCUUCUAUCUAGGGGACAAUAGUGUGAUUUCUUGGGUUAGACUAAUGGUAUAUACUCUGUUUCCUACAGUCACUGUCAGAAGUAAAUGUUCACAACCUUUUGGGCUCUUGUAUGAAAGUUCUGAUGAAAGCGAAUUUUUUCAGUAAAUUUUCUUUUUUCUUGAAUCUAAUUUUUGAACGCGGCUGUUAGGUGUGCUUGUGAAAGAGUUUUAAAAAACCUACAAUAUGUUGUGAUGGAAAUCUUGUAACUUUUGUGCAAUAGCCUAAUAAGAUGUUGUCAUUUUCUUCUGACUGUCGCUGUAUAUGUUCCUGGUAAUAGUGUACGUGUACUUUGAUAUCUCCAUCGGAUGGAUUACAGAUUCCUUGAUAUCGUGUUGCCGUGGGGCUGGGAGGAGGAGUGUCAUGUUGUACAAUAGGUGUCCCCAAGCAUUAGAAAGAGACGCAUUUCAACCCACUGCGGGCUGGAGGAAAAUUGUGACACAAAAGUGAACAAUUUUUGCUAGUUCUCGGCUAAGACAAAUUUUGGUAUUUUCUGAAACUUUUGAAGACAGUGUUUUUCUGUACUCCUAGGAACUGGCACUGUCAUUCUAACAUUUUGUGCAUUUCAAACAAAGAGCAUCCUACUCUGAUAACAGCUGAUUGCUCCAAUGAUAUUGUCUCGGCCUUGUCUGGGUUACAAGUCAUUGCGUUGAUUGACUUUGGCCUGUUUUCAGGAGACGAAUCAAGACGUUUGAUUUUCUCUUUGGUGGCGAGGUGACUAGACAACUAGAUGGGUACCUGUGUUCUCUCCUUGAGUCCGUACCUGGCUAACUUGAAAGAAAUAUCCAGUACAUUUGUGCACGUUCUCGUCACAAGGUGAUUCUGGUGUUCUCAGGAUGAAAUCUAAGUAAGGCAGUUCGGCCAAAUUAGCAGCUAAUCAACAAGUAAUGUGUUGAAGUGAUUGAGGAGUACCUUGCAAUUCUUGACAUGUGGGCGUACUGGGGGAUAUAUUGCCUCAUAUCCCGUCAAAAUAGAACCCAAUUUUCAUCUUCCCGACUCUUCUGGGAAUGUUGAGCGCCGUACUGCUGCCAUCUUCACCAAGUAAUCAGCUUUUGUCAAUUUCUGUCGAGUUGAUUGACUGGUAUUGUGUUGUGGGUUAACACCUUAAGCUCUGCGCACGCAAUCGACAGAAUGAUGAUGACAACGAAAACAUUGCUUUGAGAAUGUUUUCAGUGCCAGAUGAAUGGGCCCAUGACAAGCUACUUUAAAAAGCAGCUUCAACGUCACAGACAAACAAAUCUAACUCAAAGGAAAUUUCCAACCUUAGUUAUUCAUCCCAGCCCAAGUUUACAAAAUUCCCAAUGCUUUUUGUUCAGGCUACCUACACUUUUAAUAAUCUAAAGCAGUUUCAGGCCUAAUGAGAUUGGAAACUACAGCUAAUUGCCAAUCAGACAUUCUCAACAAAUGAAUCGGUCCCGAUAAACCGAUUCCAGUUUCAAAAUUGGGAUGAGUUCACCUCCGAAUACAUGAACAUUAAUUGGAGGCACUCAUUGGGAUCGAAUCGUUAGCGGCUCGUUACGAGGAAUCAGAUUGAUUCACCGCUAAUGAAACUCAUCCAGAUAUUGGUUGACUUUUGUUGGCGUCAUGGAGCCGAUUAACCCUCUGUGACAGAAUAACUUUCGGUUGACAUAGUUUGGAUACCGAACUGGAGAUAUUGGUUAUUUAACCAAAUAUCGCAAAAUGGAGACCUCGAUGACAUCUCUCAUUCAGUCAGUCUCACUUUGAGAAACGCAUCAUCUUGGAUUUGUAAGCAAAACUAUGUUAUUAAUUAGUAAAUUAGUAUAAUCAACCAAUCAAUUAAUUAGCAAUCCGCCAGGGAAUCCUCAUCUAUUCUAAAUAGUGCGGCAGUUGCCUCAUUUCCAUUCUACUGGUUCAAGAUGAUGAGACAGAGAUGCACAGUAUGGCAUCAUUAAGCCUAUACAAACUGUGUGCUUAGUUUUGACCGAGAAUUUUCCCCGAAAUAAAAAUGGAAACCACACAACAUCGAGUGUUAUCAUAAGACUGUGGGCAUUUCUGUGCUAAGGAUGAAAAAUACCAUUUGCAUUGAGAAACAACAAAACGUUGUGAAAUUAUAUCAAGAAUGUCAUCGCUAGAAAUGCCUGAACACCUUCAUGUUUUUAUUUCUGGGAGAUCGUAAAGUAAACACACAACUUUUCAUGUCUUUGGAAGUUACAAGUUAUGAGUUUCAAGCCAACUUUACUUGACCUAAUCUCUCAAUGCAUUUUAUGCUAUUUUCUGUCUUGAUUGUACAUUUGCUUCGAGCCGUUUGACAUUUGUACGUUUACUUGCAGUGAUCAAACUACAUGACUUCAUAUCAUAUCCCAACUUGGACAGUAUGGGCUGUACUUUUCUACAUAGUGUUACAUAAAAUGUACAGUUAAUGUCACUAGUUUUACAUGAAAUAGCCUUUCAGUUUGUGUCACCAUAACAUGUCAGAAUCAACUACACAAUGUUUACAGUGAGAUCACCGAAUGCACUGCUGAUUCCGUUUCAUUCUCCAUGGAACGGACCAGACUGUUGACUGAAGAUGGUUGCAGGCUAUCCUCUUGGCCCAGUAUGUCUCUAAACAAAUAGAACUCAUAUUCACAUAUGUUGCGCGAAAUUCCUGUGUAGAAGCCAACUUCAGAAUCUAGGUAAAAUAUCUCGACAGAAAUCUGAGAUGCGUUAAAAGACGUGACGUCUUCAUAUCGCCUUGGGUGUAAGAUUCAUUGGCGCUAUUCUUCCACGUUUGCUGUAAAAAUAUCGCAUGACAACGGCAGAUUAUUUUCCAUGUUGAAAUUAAACUGAAAAAUCAAUUUUCAAAACAUCUCUUGAUAGUUGUUGUGAGGUAAUUGAUGUUUUAUGGAUCGUGUUUCCGUCAGAUGAAGCGUGAACUGCCUGCGUCUGCGAGAUGAUCACAUUUUCAACUCCAUACCGUUAAUGAGAGAAAUAGAACAUGAUUUGGUUCGACUAAUUUUAGAAUUUGAAAUACUGGAUGUUGGUAAAUUGGCAGUGUUGGAUUUGAAUCUAAAUGUCACUGUUUUGUUGUGAGUAAUUCUAUGAGUCUAUGAUUCUUCUUCAGUUGCAAAAGAUAGCAUUCAAACUUAAAAUUUAGUAAUAUGUCCAAGAAAGGUACCUUCUAUAAUUCAUUCACAAAAACUGACACUCGUAGAAAAUGAAAAAAGAUGAAAUGUCCCAAUAACAAAACACCGUCCUCCUGACAAAGUGUUAGUCUGUUUUGGCUUCAAAAUACUUUUGCCGCAGUCUAAUGUAGCUCAUCCACCUUUACCUCCCAAUGCUCCACUACCCAAAAGAAAACAUCCCAGUCUUAUCUUGGUCUUUUAUAGUGCUUCUUAUCUUCUAACGACACUGCAUACCACGAUAAUCUACCAAGUCCAGCCAGGAUAAAAAACCCACGAUAAAAAAUUCCCCCAUAAUUGGCUAUGGCUUCCUGUUCGCCAUUUCUCUGAAGUCCCCGCAGAAAAACACGCGGGUUUUCCCGUCGUCUUCAGCUAGAUUAACUUGUUAUCACGGCAGUGAUGAUCACGAUGAAAAAACGUUGUGCGGCCAUUGAUCUUCAAUCAUAUGAUUGGCGAUGGUUUCCUGCCACGUUUGCCUCAUUAUGAUUUCCUCUUUUCGUCCCUGUUGUUCUGGCGUGGGGCCGCGGGCGGUGGUCAGAUAUGAAGGUGAAACAUCCCAGAUGGUUAGUCAAGAUGUGUCACUUGGAUUUUGUCAAGGUUUGUUGACGUUUGAUUUUGUGAUUGUUUCUUGGCUAUUCUUGUGUGGGGCCGCGGACAGUGAUGGUCCAUGUCAGAAUUCCCUGAUGGUUUGUCAAAAUGUGUCAUCGUGAUUUCUUGGAGGAUGAUGUGAUGCUCUGUUUUGUUAUUGUUUGUCUUUGAAGAUGUUCAUUGAGGCGUUCUCAUUGGUUGAUGGAUUUCUUGGCAUUUGUUGACAGCGUUUUUGUCAUCGGUUAGCGUUUGUCCCUAGAAUCGGUCAAGGAUGUGUGUGAGGAAAGGUUCAGUUUUUUGCUAUAGAUACAAGUGACGAAUAUUUAGUUGUCAAAUUCCCCUUGGAACCAUAGGUGGACUGCACCUUUAACCAAUCGUUAGAGUACCUGACAUAUAUUCUUUAGAAAUCUUAAGUCUGUGUUCUAUGGAGUAAGAUUUCAUCUAAUGCAGAUAUUAUCACCAGAUGGAGCAAUUAUAAUCUUGUUCAUUGAAGAUUUCAUGUCAUCGAGAUUCUUGCAAUUUGAAUCGCACCAGUCUAAACCAAUAUUAGAAACAAAUGACUUUGACAAGUGUUUUUGAAUCACACCAGUCUAAACCAAUAUUAGAAACAAAUGACUUUGACAAGCGUUUUUGAAUCACACCAGUCUAAACCAAUAUUAGAAACAAAUGACUUUGACAAGCGUUUUUGAAUCACACCAGUCUAAACCAAUAUUAGAAACAAAUGACUUUGACAAGCGUUUUGAAUCACACCAGUCUAAACCAAUAUUAGAAACAAAUGACUUUGACAAGCGUUUUGAAUCACACCAGUCUAAACCAAUAUUAGAAACAAAUGACUUUGACAAGCGUUUUGAAAAGCUUCUAUUGAUGCUAUCACAAGGGCAGUCAUUUUGUUAUUGGCUUUACACACAAAUUUCCAAUUUUAGAGCAUUGCCUGCCCGACUUUACCCAUGGAUCACAUUUUCAAUAGUCCACAUUGUCAUUUAGUUCGAAUUUCCAAUCGAUCUUUUCACGUCUCUCCGAAGAAAAUCAAUGGCUUCGUUACCUUACGAGCACUUAGCGAGUAAAUAGCAAAUAAAGCCGGUCUUUACUCCCAAUUACUAUACCAUAGAGAGGCCACCUUGACUGAUUGCUGCCUUGCCAGCUUUGCAAUCAAUUGGUGCGCAAUGAUGAUGGCAUUUUAAGACUUCUCAACGAAAACUGCCUCCAGCUCUAUUUCUCACUAUCUUGAAUGCAUUUUCAGAGGAUGCAUUGACGUUGAUGCGUCUCUCCUGACAGGGUCGGAAUUGAUGAAAUUUGAGAUGUGCCAGUUCUUGUAAAAAAAGUUGAAGCGAAGCAUAAUUCACGAAGACAGAAGCAUUGCAUAUAAAUUAUUUAGAAUUUCAAAGGUUCGUUGAAAAAAUUGAAAAGCUAUAAAAAUUUUACACGGCAUGUUUUAGCGUAGCAUAAUUAAAGAUUAAUUCACGUUUGUGUGGAUGUUAUAGUGUGUUAUAUUCAUGUCAUGCUGCUUAAAUUAUUUUGUUCGCUUUACUAAGUUUGUUCGAAAUGCUUGCCAUACUGUAAACCCUGAAAUAUUUGUGUGCUUUUUAUUUUCACUUUUUUGCAUUGACAGAUAAUUGCAAAAAUGUAUGGUCGAGAAAAAUGAAAAUCUGACUGAAAUUAUUGCUAUUGGGUUGGAAUGACACUUUAAUUGUUAAAAGAAUGCAGAAAUUGCAAUUUUACAAGUCCGUAAAAUAAAACGACCGCAAAUAUUUUUGGGUUUGCAGUAUCAUACACUUUGAUUUCUGUGUUGUUUACUGAUCUCAGUCUUCAAUAUGAAUUAAAAUACUCAAAAAUUCUUUUUUUUAUCCGAACUUGACAUUAUUUUUCAUUUUUUUAUGAAAUUGUUGAUAAAAUCGAAAAAAUAUUAUAUUGGGAUACGGAUGUGUUGUUGCCCCGCAUAUACAUGUAGAAGCUUUUAUGUGCUAAGCGAGAAGUUAAUGAUAAACGUUUUAAUUAAAUUAUCAAUAUGAUUUAAUUUAAUUAGAUAUUAAGUUAAUACUCAGGAAAGUGUAGCACCUAGAGCUGAUCUCAAAACUAUAUCGCCUGAGGUUUAAAACAUAAAAACAAUACUCCUUACCAUUUUUGGUAAAGAUUUUAGCUGGAGUUGUAUGCCAUAUUGAUGCAUCCGUCCGGCCCAAGACAGGCAGAGCCAUCUCUUGGCCAUUUCACUCAGCGGUGACUAGCAAUUUCCUUUUUAAGCGCGUUGUUAUGUAGCCACCAUAGUCUGUUACACUUUUGCACGCUAAUUUGAAUUUUGGUGAGUGUGUUCAUCUUUUGGCAAUGCUCUUUUCCAAAUUAAUAACAACUUUUCAUCAAAUUUUCAUCUCGUGAUAUUUUCUUCAAAUUUCAUCAGUUUUGUUUCCAUUUUCAGCCAUUUAUGUCUGUAAAGAACAAGGUAAAUCAUCUACUUAGGAAUGGGGUAUAAUCAGGCCUUGGCCUUAUAUAACCCUCAAUACAAGUGAAUAAAUAAAAACAUUGGCAGUAAAAAUUAACACAAUUUUCUCAGGGAGUGUAGCAACUUAACAAAAGUAUCAAGGCUUACAUGCAGUUCUCAUCACUCGAGAAAGACCUUUUUAACCUCAAUAAACCAUAUAAUGUUUGCUACCAAAUUACUCUGCUAAUGUUUAUCUCAGCCUACAGUUGGGGUAACUUUUAACUGUGGGAAUUUGUGCAUAAUUCAAAAUUUCACUUGCAAAUUAAUUUGGAAUAGAGCAUAGGCAGGUUUUGCUUUAAAAGUAUUACAAUUCCACACUUAACUCACUUGCAACUUAUUUAUUUGCCCAGCAUAAUGGUUUAAAAACUACUUAAUUAGGUCAUAGUUAUCAAUUAAUUAUUGUUAAUUACUUGUGUGAAUGAAAGGAGGUUACCAUGGUUUCUAAAUAUUAAUAAACUUAAUUAUUAGAUUUUAUCUUGAACAGGUUAUUUAACUCAGGAUCAGAUUUUGAUUUAAUAUUGAUAAUGAUUAAUGAAAUGUAAUUAACAUAAUUAAUAUUCAAAAUAUAAACCUCCCUGUCCCAGAGAUCACGCAAGUACGAAAAAUUAUAUUUCUAUGAAAAACAGUUUGUAAAUAUCAAGAAAUCCUAUUAUUAAUUGCUCUUUAAAAUAUAAUUAAGCUAUUAUUAUUGUUCAGUAAGACGAGAUGCUAAGAUUUAUUUAUUAUUGGCCUUAGGCUCUGUACUGAAGUAGCAAUAUACCUAUGCAAAGAGUUUAAACUAUGCAAGUUGCUCAAAAAGCUUUUUCUCAAAGUUUAUGUUUUAGAAUUUUUUUGUACAGAUUCGCAUGGAUUUUUCCCUUGUACUCACUACUGUCUAUUUAUGCAUGCAUGAUGAAGCAAUGUUUAAUGUCUUUUCAAUUUCGUUAUGAAAUCCCAAUUUCAGCCAAGAUCUUGCCCGGACUUGAGCAUUAUGUAGCUUAUGACCUGUGUACUAUUAUGUUAUAUGCAGAUUAAGGAAAUAAAAUAUUUUAUAUGAUA